GCUUUAUUAAUAAAUUUCCAGGUACUUACCUGGUUUGAUUAGGGAAAAAAAAAAAAACAUCCCAAAAUUUCCAAAUAUUUUUUUUUGGGAAACAAAUCCCCAAAACGUAGACAAGAGAAAUAUAAAUAAGGGCCCAAAUUGGUGGAAAUUUGUCCACCAAAUCCGGUACCCGAAAACCGAACUUUAACACAUUUUACAUUGCCCACAGUCCCCACUUUUCCCGGCCCAUUUAGAGCUCAUUUCUUUCCCUCCCCCAAGACAAAAUCCCUUCCUUCAAAAUCAACCCCACCACCAUUAAAUUCACAGAGAGUCAGAAAAAACACACACUCACACAGUAACCCACCAUAACUACAAGUAGUACACCCAACAUUAUCAUCUUCUUCAGAGGAAGAAAACUUUGCUUCUUCUUCUUCUUCGUUUUGAUUUUUUCAAGCCAUGGAACCAUGGCUUGAUGACUUAGCCGACGACCUUCAGAGCAUGAGUUUCAACUCCACUACCACCAGCACCACCACUAACGCCACCGACAUCCACCGUUCCACCAGCUCCGGCUCCGAAACCACAUGGACCGCCUCCUCCUCCUCCGCUCACCACCUCUUCUCCCUUAACCAAAAACCCCACUCCUCCACCACCCCUUCCGGCGACCCUUGCUGGGACGCAAUCCGCCGCUCCGCCUACACUCUCUCCUUAUCCGACCUCCGCUUUCUACAGCGCCUGGGAUCCGGCGACAUCGGGUCCGUCUACCUCGCCGAGAUCAAGUCGCCGGAGCCGCCGUCGUCGCAGCAUUCUCAGAAUCCGGCGCUGUUCGCCGCCAAGGUGAUGGAUAAGAAGGAGCUCUCGAAUCGUAAUAAGGAAGGGCGGUCGAGGACGGAGAAGGAAAUCCUCGAAAUGUUGGACCAUCCGUUUCUCCCGACGCUGUAUUCCGCCAUUGAUUCACCUAAAUGGUCGUGCUUGCUCACGGAAUUCUGCCCCGGCGGUGAUUUACACGUGCUCCGUCAACGGCAGCCGUUAAAACGAUUCUCAGAAUCCGCUGUCAGGUUUUAUGCUUCAGAAGUGGUGGUGGCUCUAGAAUAUAUCCACAUGCUAGGAAUUGUUUACCGUGAUCUUAAGCCCGAGAAUGUGUUAGUCAGAUCAGAUGGUCACAUAAUGCUUACGGAUUUUGACCUGUCCUUGAAAUGUGACACUUCUACCUCAACUCCAGCUCAGGUUAUUUCCAAAGAAAACCAACCCAAUGGCUCUCAACCAAACGAGUACAGCAUUGAUCCACCUAAAUUCACUUCCACUUCUUGCAUCCUUCCCAAUUGCAUAGUUCCUUCGGUUUCUUGCUUCAACCCUAGGCGCAAACGAAAGAAGAAGCCAGGACAACACAAUGGACCCGAGUUUGUGGCUGAGCCGAUUGAUGUCCGGUCCAUGUCAUUUGUCGGGACACACGAGUACUUAGCACCGGAGAUUGUAUCUGGCGAAGGUCAUGGUAGUGCGGUCGAUUGGUGGACACUAGGGAUUUUCAUUUUCGAGCUGUUUUACGGGGUGACACCCUUUAGAGGAAUGGACCAUGAGCUUACCUUGGCAAACAUUGUCGCUCGAGCCCUCGAGUUCCCUAAAGAGCCGACAAUACCUGCCGGGGCAAAGGAUUUGAUAUCGCAGCUCCUUGUUAAGGAUCCGGCAAGGCGUUUAGGAUCGACCAUGGGUGCCUCGGCCAUCAAACACCAUCCAUUCUUUCAUGGGGUGAAUUGGGCACUCCUGAGAUGCACUACUCCACCUUUUGUUCCUCCUCCAUUCAGUCGAGAUGUUAUAUCGGAAUCAAAUUGUUCUGAAGAUUGUAGCGCUGUGGAUUAUUAUUAGAUAAUAGUAGCAUCAUAAUGAGAACAACACAAUGUUAUAUAGUUAUGCUGUUGGAUGCUGUAUACAUUCUACCUAUUCCCUAGGUUAAAUAAGUAUAUAUUGCUCAUUGUUCAAGUUCCCC